AUGGCCGCAUCUGGACCAAACGGGCCGAUGUACCGUAGGAACGUUAGGGUUUCGCUUCACUUGUUCACAUCACAGCGAACGAGGGGGGGAAAGGAAAGGGAGGGAGGGAGAGAGCUAGGGUUUACCAGCACAGGAGAAAUCAGGUCGAUCUCCACUAGCGGGUCCAGCAGCAAGGAGAACGAGGACGCGGAGAGGAACUCGCGACGGCGCGCUCCGGUGGAGUCGACGGCGCCGGUUGAACGGGACGAGCAAGGGCUUCUUUCGUGCGCGGUAGCUGCCGGAAGAUUCGCAGUUGGAGAGGAGGCGGAAAAGCUUUUCUGGUGCGCGCUGCGACUGCGAGGAGAGGAAAAGGGGAACGGGAGCGCUCUUCGCAACGGUCGGAUUUUGGAUCGGGUCGGCGGCGUGGGACGGUGA